ACUGUCGGACGCGACGUAUAAAGGUACGUCUAGGUUCACUGCCUUCGUUUCCAUACCUACACCCACAAUUCCUGCCAUGCAGGUGAGAUAUCAUAGAUGGUCUCGCAUCAAGGAUGCUGCGAGAUUUAGACUACAUCGUUUGCAUUGGCCUCGAUUUACUUACAUACCUACCCAGUCACUCGGAGCCGCUAUAUGGAUGAUGCGACUUAUAACUGACUAUGAGGUAAUAGUGCGAUAAAAAACGCCCCGAAUGCUCGCAAUGCAUUCGAGUAGGCAAGAAAUGUCCUGGCUAUCGUGAUCAGUUGUCUCUCAUGUUUCGAGAUGAGAGUAGUAAGGUCAUACAGAAAGCGCAUGCUCAAUGGGGCUCCUCAAGCUCUCCGACAGACGCGAGCGAGAGCUCGGCUUCAAACUCCUCUCCAACAUGGGCAGACGACUCAUCAGGUUCUAUUUCGGAUAGCCCAUCCUUAGCUUCUCCCUUGUCAUCACGCAAUGUUGCUCCUGCCAGGAUACCCAAUAAAAUAGGGUUGAACGUGGAACAGCAAGGAAUGCAGUUCUAUAUCAACCGUUAUCUUAUGAACCACCCUGAUUCCCCAAGGACACGGGAUGAAGUAGCGGCCUACUUUUCCGACGCAGAUGCCGCUCAAAACGUCAUGAUAGCCGUAGGUCUUGCAGGAAUGUCUAAUUUAUUAGGAAACAAGAACAUGAAUCUCCUUGCGCGGUCUAAGUACGUUACGGCCUUGAAGCAGACAGGGCAGCUGAUCGCUAGUAACAAUCCUGCCGGUCUGAUAGCACGCUUGCGAAGUGUCGUAUCGCUUGCGUUAUUUGAGGUUGUCCAAGGAAGAGGACCUCGAGUAACAGUUGGCUCAGCUAAUACACAUAUUAAUGGUGCCGUGGCUGUCUUACGUUCCGUAUUGCCUCUUCCACAGGCCCCUAAUAAAGGUGCACAUGGUGUAUUGCAACUAUUAUUUUCAAUGUUUAUUCCAUAUCAAAUGACAGACACACCUCUGUCCCCCGGUUUCUUUGAAACGCUCAAGUUUUGCAAGCAGCUGUUGGAUGGGCUUCCAGAGAGUUGUUCCGUUGACCUGGCACUUGCUAUUGCUCGACUUAUUCAGCUGUUGGCGAUUGCCGACCAUACUGUACUCACCGACGAGCAUUAUAUUACGAAUGAUCUCAUACGUCAGUUUCUCACGUUGGAUGACGUGUUUGACAAUUUAGAAACCCCCCUUUCGAGAGCAUUCCCUUUUGCAGAACACCAGGGCGAGUAUCCGGCUGCGGCGGUUUUCCGUAAGAAAUAUCACACUUAUGGCGACACUUGGGGCAGUCGGAUAUGGAAUCAUUACCGCUGGGCCCGCAUCCUCGCUAACCAAAGACUGGUCCAGUUUGUUACCGAGUAUCCAAUCUCAAGCAAACAGAACAUUCCUACGGCUCGGAAAACAAGAUGCUACACCACCAUUGAGCGGCUGGCUGAAGACAUCCUUACAAGUGCACCAUCGCACUGGCAUCAUCCGAUGCUUGACCCUGAGUCUACGCGGAAUUUCGAGGCACGUGGGAUGGGCAAUUCCGGUGCUGUUGGGUUACCUAGCCUUCUUUGGCACCUCAUGGUCGCUGGAUGCGCCCCAAAUGUGCCUCUGGAGUUUUGGAGUUGGGCCCACAACGCCUUGCAAGUGAUUUGGAAGCAGAUGGGCAUGCAACACGCUUUAGCGUUAUCGGAAAUGAUGGAGGAGCACCGGACAAAAUUAAAUAAAGAAGCGAGCAUGCAGGUAGGAAUUCAAGCUUGACAGAGAAGGUGGGUCAAAAAGAAAAAAGAAAAGAAAAGAAAAAGAAAAAGGGGGAUUUGUCAAAUGAUAUAAACUCUUUGACCUAAGGAUUUCAAUCUAGCGGGCGUUUAUGGAUGCGGUUGGGGAUACGAAGGGGUAUGCUUUAUUGGUUCAUUGUCAUUAGGCAUACUAAGGGGGCAGCAAGGCAUAUAGGCGAGAGGCAUUUAUAGGUUGCUGGCGAUACUAGGCUUACAUAUUUUCGGAAGUUGCUUGAUUUAUAUCUUCAAUGUUACUGCCAGGUGACAUUAGUAGCUAUGUACCUACCUAGGUAGGUAGGUAGAGUUAUCCAUAUGGAUAAACAUUAUGUAGUAGACGCCACUAUCUACAUAUUAUCUACACUGGCAUAUCUAUUAGGUAGUGACACUAUGUAGGUACCUGUCAUACAUCAUUG